AUACAUUCAAAUUUAAUCACAUUUCACAGAAAGCGACGCUAGGAGACAUGUUAUUGGACGAAAGGCUGUCAUUAACGUUGGACGAGAUUGUGCAUAUUCGUAGCGUGCUUACAAAAGCUGAGUUGGAGUCUCUUCCCGUGGAAGGGCGCGUAAAAGAAGAUGUAGAGAAAAGACGCGUUUGUUUUCUCUGUCUGAAAACACGCUUCGGUUUACUAGGUCCUUGGGGACAACGUUGUCGCUUAUGCAAGAGGACCGUCUGCGUUAAAUGUUAUUCGAAAAUGCGAAUACCAACGGAACAGUUUGCUCGAGUGCCAGUCGUGUUACUCUCUCCUGGAUUAUUACUUUCGCCUACAGAAGCUGAGAACAGUAGUAGCAAGAAUUCCUGGCUAAGAAAUUCAGGAGCGGUCGGCUCAGCACCGGCUUCCCCCGCGUCCAGACGAAAAGAUUCUGCGUUGCGCAACGACACGUCUGCCUCAACGCCGACAAUGACACCUGUCUCCGCACUGACACCUAUGUCGACACCACCUUCUCAUGCGCGUCGAGAGAUGGAAGUUCAAGGACUAGAGAAGAGGUCAGGAUAACAACAUUCAUAUGAUAACAACUACUACGAAACACUUGAAUUUUAUGAAUUAAGAAGAACAAUGUACUGACGGCAUUGAAAAUCUAUAGUUUACGUCGCGUAUGUUAUAGAUUUUUGAUACUGUCAGUACAUUUCGAAACAUGCUCAAAGAAACGUUCAACAUAGGUUACAAGGACAAGCUGAAAAUUAAUAUGCGCAUGCUGAAUAUUUUGAGAAGGAAAUAUAUACGUCUUUAUUUCA